UUGACCCGUGACGUCACGAGGUAGUCUUCCUGGGGACAAUGGCUGGAGCGGCGGCCAAAGCGUAGCGAUUAUCGGGAGACAUCGGUGUAGUGAGGCGUCGUACAGUGAUCCGUCAACAUGAGUGGUCCAAUACCCUUCCUGGGGAGCAAAAUUAGCCUAAUAUCCAAGUCAGAAAUUCGAUAUGAAGGGAUAUUAUACACCAUCGACGCGCAGGAGUCCAUUAUCGCUCUGGCCAAGGUCAGAUCAUUUGGGACAGAAGACCGUCCAACUGAGAUGCCGGUCCCUGCCAGAGACGAGGUGUAUGAGUACAUAAUAUUCCGGGGAACAGAUAUCAAGAAGAUUGAAGUUUGCGACACCCCCAAGCAGCCAACUCUGCCAGGAGGUCUGCACAAUGAUCCUGCAAUUGUACAGCAUUCAGCCCCAGCAGUUCCAUCAUCCUUCCAGGCAGCCCCAUUCUCCCGGCAGUCCCUUGGUCCGAUCGGAGGGAGCCUGGGUCUGUCCUAUGGUUCCUAUGGCCAGUCAAUCACCCAGCAGGGUAUUCCUGGCGCUGGAGGGUUCCCUAUGGGCUCCACCUCUCAGCCCAGUGAGUUGAGUACUGUGGGCGGCAGUGGUGGUAGUGGUGUUGGUAGCCUGGAUCAGCCCUCUGGCACUGCCCCCGUGGCGGUUCCAGCCCCCAUUGGCCCCCCUCCUCAGUCGGGUGCACAUGCCAUUCACCAAACAGACAUCUUGGUGGGGUCAAGGUCCUCCACCCCCACCGCCCGCAAGUCUCCGGUGUCAGAUGCAGGUGUGCAGGUGUCUCCUCCACCCAACAGGGAAGAGAAGAAGAAGUCGUCCCAGCAGAGGCAACCCCAGCAAGAAAGAUCACAGCGCAAUGGCAGCCAGGUUGGGCCACCUCGCCGUGGUAAUGUGCCACAACAGCAACAGCAACACCAGCAGCAGCAACAGCAGCAGAUGGGGCAUCAGCAGGGACAGCAGCAAGGACAGCCUGGUAUGCAUCAAGGCCAGGGACACCAGCAGCACCAGCAGCAUUACACCAACAACCAGUACUACCAGUACCAGCAGUACCAGGGGCGUGGUGGAGGAAUGAACCGUGGGCGGGGCAGCAGGAGACCUUCAGGCCAGCGAGGAAGGGGGCAGAGCUUCAAUAACCAGGGCAACCGCCAGAGGCAGUUCCAAGACCGCCAGCUGUUUGAGAAGGACUAUGACUUUGAGCAGGCAAAUGAGGAGUUUGAGGAGCUCAGGAAUCAGCUGGCAAGAACGAAGAUAGCAGAGAAUGGCGACAAGAAAGACGACUCUGGCCACGAGACGACUGCAGGGGACGUGGAGGAUGAUUCCCUGAUCUGUUAUGACAAGACGAAGUCCUUUUUUGACUCCAUAUCCUGUGAGGCUAUUGAGCGUAGCAAAGGGAAAAGUCAGCGACCAGACUGGCGGCUGGAGCGGAAAAUCAAUGUUGAGACUUUCGGGGUGAGCUCUGCCAGGAGAGGUUACUACCCACGAGGCCGAGGUGGCUACUACCGUGGGGGGUAUUACCGCACUUAUAACUACAACCACGGAUAUUACAGAGGUGGUGGUGGAUACCGAGGAGGCCGAGGAGGUGGUGGCAGUGGUGUGGGCAGAGGUGUAGCAACAAUGGGUGCAGGAUCAGGAGGUGCAGCACCAGCACCAGGAGCAGCAGCAGCAACAGUACUGCCAGCAACAGCAGUAGCUGCAGCAGGAGGCGGCGGUGGUGGUGGUGGCGGUGGCAGUGGCGGCAGCGGCGUGGCAGGGCUAAAUGGAGUAUCACAACGAGGUGGAGUAGCUGGAGGCUCUUACUCGUCCACAGUCAGAAAUUCCACCCCCACCAAGUAGUUGUCAAGGACGGGCGAGACUCCAGGGAGUGACACGUAACAAGGAUGGAGAUUGCUGGAAUUAUCUUGAAACACUGUGCCUAGACAAAGGAAGUAUUAAAGCUUUAAUAGAUGCAAAUGAACCCUUGCUUUCGGUGUUGGUCUGUAAGGGUUGUUUAAGGACUUGGGGAUCAUAAACUAAGGGUACAGCAGUUUGAGGUAAUUUCUAACUCGUUAGAAAGUAUUACAGACUUAAGUAUUUUUGUUAUUUCAAUGAAAUUAACCUGGUGGAAAGAACAUUUGGUUUCAUGGUGACUGCAUCUCUUAUCUGUUUAGCAGAUAAUGCUCUCAAAGAUCCAUCGACAUGUAGAAGACUUGACCUGAUCAGAUAUUGGAAAGUUGUGACUGGAAAGAUGGAUUUGGUUUGUUUACGGACACGGAAUCAGAUGGCUCGAAGGUUUGAAUGUGGCAAGGAAGAGACUGGUACCCGGAACGCUUAAGAUAAGGAAAUGACAGGAUAUGAUGAACAGGUCUACCUUUCACUGUCGGUGUUGUGUUUACACCGACAACAUUUUGUAGUCUUCUAGGUGCAAGGCACGGCAGGUAGUGGUUUAAAAGUCAAGGAAUCAGUUGUUUUGUUAGAAAGUUUGUAUACAUUUUUUUCUAUCUUUCGCAAGUGGCAAAAAAAAAAAAAAUUUAUACGUACAAAUAGGCCCCUCCCAAGAAUAUUAGGUGACUUAGGAUUGAUUGACUGAUUGGAACCUGCAUGUUCACUUGAAGUAUGUACGUAGGUCGGUCUCUGCAAAAGGAUUAGGAAGAUUGUAUGAAAUGAAUUAGUACAAGCUGUAUUAAUAAUUGAUCCAUGGACUAUUUAUAUUAUUUUAGAUUUAAAAGCAGACUUUUGACCACUUGCAAGGGAGGUCAGUCCUUUUAGAUCAUUUACUGAAGGAAGGAAGAAAUAACAGCCUGAAGGAAGACUGGAGACAACAAAAAAAAUGGUUGUGGGUUGGCCAUGGGCAGCCCACAGCCCUGCCCCUGCACACCACCAUUGGCGGCAUCAGGCAGGAUUGGCUCAGCAAGCAGGGCAGCAAGUGGGGGAGUGUGGAGUCCAUCUUUCACACCCCUGAAAAAAUUAACAAAAAGUGCUUUUGAACAUCUAUUUUUACAAUAAAUGGAAAGCACAA